CAGGAAGCAAAGCUCUGCCUCUCUGUGUACAGGGCAGGGAAGAGACCACUGCACACAACCCUGCGGUGGCCGGCUCUGAAGUCUUCCGUGCAGGCCCCGCCCCCCGAUCUCCGGACUUGCGCAUGCGCAGUCCAGAUUUUCAACGAUGGACCCUCAAAAUCCGGGAGGCCUCUCUAGGAUGGACAAGGACAGGAGUCACAGGUCUGAGAGGAUAAUAAAAAUCACCCUGGAGAUCAUCUACCUGCUGACUGGGGAGGAUUACACUUUAGUGAAGAAGACAUCCAAUGAGUAUGAGACACCGAGCAGCCAUCCCUGUGUGUCAGGAGGACUGAGUAGAACCCAGAGCCCCAUCACGGUGCCUCCACCUCACUCACUGACACAUGAGAGACACAAUGACCAGAAGAUCCUGGAACUCACCAAAAGGAUCAUUCAGCUGCUGACUGGAGAGGAGGGGGAGUAUAUAGAGGAACACAGGGGUCUGUACAAGGACGUGAUGAUGGAGAAUCACCGGCCCCUCACAUCACUGGAUGGACCCAGUAACAGAGAUACCCAAGAGAGAUGUCCCCGUCCUCUGUAUUCCCAGGAUUGUACAGAGAAGAAUCACAGGACCCCACAGGAGGAUCAGGGUGAAGCCCAAUUAAAUAAUAUUAAAAUCAAAGAUACAGAGGGAGAAGAAGAGACAUAUGUGACUGAUAUAAAGACAGAAGAUAUACAGGGAGAAGAAGAGACGUAUGUGACUGAUAUAAAGACAAAAGAUAUAGAGGGAGAAGAAGAGACGUAUGUGACUGAUAUAGAGAUAGAAGAUACAGAGGGAGAAGAAGAGACGUAUGUGACUGAUAUAAAUGCAGAAGACAUAGAGGGAGAAGAAGAGACGUAUGUGACUGAUAUGAAGGCAGAAGAUAUAGAGGGAGAAGAAGAGACGUAUGUGACUGAUAUGAAGGCAGAAGAUAUAGAGGGAGAAGAAGAGACGUAUGUGACUGAUAUGAAGGCAGAAGAUAUAGAGGGAGAAGAAGAGACGUAUGUGAGGGGUGAUCAGCAGUGUAAGGAGGAGGAGAUCCCUACAGAUAUCAGCACAGAUGGACACACAAGCAGGAAUAUCUCAGAAGGACAUCUAAUGUUAUCCCCGGAUUGUGACAUAAAAGAUAAUGACAGAAUACAGGAUUCUCCAGGAGAUAACCCCAUUACCUCAGUGAUACAUCCAGCUCUAUCAGCUGGUCUCUCUGAUCAUGGGAAAUGUUCUCCUGAUCACUCUGAUAUUGGUGCAUCUGUUACAGCUCUGAGAGUAGAUACAGUGUUUCCCUGUUCUAUAGAUGCCAAAUGUUUUACACAGAACACAAAACGUAUUACCCAUCAGCCAGCUAAGGAAGGUGAGAGGCCAUUCCCAUGUUCUGAGUGUGGGAAAUGUUUUGCACGGAAAUCAAAUCUUGUUACACAUCAGAGAAGUCACACAGGUGAGAAGCCAUUUUCUCGCUCUGAUUGUGGGAAAUGUUUAAGUAAAUCACAUCUUGUUAUAUAUCACAGAAGUCAUACAGGUGAGAGGCCAUUUUCUUGCUCUGAGUGUGGGAAAUGUUUUACAUGGAAAUCACAACUUGUUACACAUCAGCGAAGUCACACAGGUGAGAAGCCGUUUUCUUGUUCUGAGUGUGGGAAAUGUUUUUCCCAGAAAUCACAACUUGUUACACAUCAGAGAAGUCACACAGGUGAGAAGCCAUUUUCUUGCUCUGAGUGUGGGAAAUGUUUUAGAUGGAAAUCACAACUUGUUACACAUCACAGAAGUCACACAGGUGAGAAGCCAUUUUCUUGCUCUGAGUGUGGGAAACAUUGUUUAAAUAAAUCACAUCUUGUUAUACAUCAGAGAAGUCACACAGGUGAGAAGCCAUUUUCUUGCUCUGAGUGCGGUAAAUGUUUUUCCCAGAAAUCACCACUUGUUACACAUCAGCGAAGUCACACAGGUGAGAAGCCAUUUUCUUGCUCUGAGUGCGGUAAAUGUUUUUCCCAGAAAUCACCACUUGUUACACAUCAGCGAAGUCACACAGGUGAGAAGCCAUUUUCUUGCUCUGCGUGUGGGAAAUGUUUUACACGGAAAUCACAACUUGUUAGACAUCGGAGAACUCACACAGGUGAGAAUACAUUUCCAUGUUCUGAGUGUGGGAAAUGUUCUGCACACAAAUCAGAUCUUAGAAACCAUGAGAGAAGUCACACAGGUGAGAAGCCAUUUUCUUGCUCUGAAUGUGGGAAAUGUUUUACACAGAAAUCACAACUUGUUACAUAUCAGAGAAGUCACACAGAUAAGAGGCCAUUUCCAUGCUCUGAGAAAUAAAUCAUCUCUUGUUGUACAUAUUAGACUUCAUCAGGUGAGGAACCAUUUCAUUUUCUGGAGUAUACUUAUUAUUGCCAUACGUUGUUCUUCAAGGUUCUUAUCCUAUCUCCUAUGCUUUUUGCAAUAUACAUGUUACCACUGGGUGAAAUAAUCAUAUGUCAUGCCCUCAUCUACCACUGCUAUGCAGAUGACCUGUCUCUUGCUCCGGGUACUGAGAACCCAGUACCAAUCCUAAAUGGUUGUCUAGCUGAGCUCCAGGUGUGGGUGAUGCCAGUUGGCUGUGACUCAGUCCUGGUGAAACAGGUCCUUAUGAUAGAAGCUCACCAACAAAGGGCAGGGCUACAGCUCAGCUUUACUACCAAUCAGACUUGCCACAUAACACCCAUUCUCUGUUCCCUUCACCGGCUGCCUGUAAGAUGGUAACUAUUACAUAAUCUUACUGACUCUCCCAGCCCUACAUGACCAGGGUCACAGGUACCAGAAGCAGCUUCUAACUCCUUACUGCCCUGCUUUCUUACUUCCAUCUGCAGAUGAAGGUCUGUUACCAGCAGUACCAAGAAUCCCCAAGCAGUGCUGAGAUGUCAGGGGUAGACAGGGUGGGUGGCACUAUUGCUGUAUCAGUGGCACUGUCUGGGUAAUAUCCCCAAGCAGAGCUGAGGGUGUACUCAGGGUGGCUGGCAGUAGUGGGGACUGCAGGAGGCAGUGUCUGUGAGACUCUUGUCCUCAAGCAGAGUUAAGGUGUCAGAGGAGGAGACAAGGUGGUGGCAGAAGCGGAAGAAGACAGGGCAGUGGCAGUAGUGGGCUGAGACAGGGAGGGUUGCAGUAGUGGGGAGAGACGGUGGUGGCAGUAGUGGGGCAGACAGGGUAAGUGGCAGUAGUGGAAGGAGACCGGGCAGGUAGCAGUAGUGGGGGAAGAUGGUGGUGGCA